UUCUGUGCAAGUGGCUUUUCAUUUCCUCCUCUUGCUAUCGGCAUCAUGAACAGCUUGGUGGCAACCCCACCCAUCCCUCCACACUUUUACGAGCAUAACCGAUUCAACACCACAUCUCGAUUCGUCUCUCCAAUGAACCCAGCUGGGAGCCGGAAACGCAAAGCAGAAGAUGACAACGGUUCAAGUGAUCAUGACACUCGCAUGUCUGCCUCGCCAACAAGCUCGCCUGCACUGCCUACUAAACCCCUAGCAGCUCGUCAGAUAAAACGGCCGAGACCAAACCUCUCGGGACGGCCUUUGUCUCUUGGACGUCUAUUCGAAACUCUGGACAGUGACGCUCUUCGAUCCGUGCUCCGGUCCCUGUGUGAUCGCCAUCCCGAACUUGGACAAGAAGUGGUCGAUACCGCUCCUCGGCCAAAUAUCACAUCUGCUCUGCAGGUCCUCAGCAACUACCAGUCGACUCUUCAGUCCUCUUUCCCUCUUGGUGGCAAUCCCUCCUCAGACUAUGCUUAUAACCGUGUCAGGCCACACGUGAUGAAUCUUCUAGACGCCCUCAAUGACUUUACGCCUCAUUUUCUUCCUCCGAAUGAAACGCACCCUUCGACCUCUCUAAACUACCUCGAUGGUGUGACUGAAAUCAUUCACCAACUGCCAAGAUGGGAUACUCCACAUUAUAACUUGGAAAAGGAGGCUGCAUAUGAAGAAAUAGCGAAAGCUUGGGCGCUGGUAAUCCGUGAGGCCAGUAAGCGGGGUGGCGGCAUCCAGUUGCAGUAUGGGGAAUGGGAUCAAAAGCUAGCAAAGCAUAAUCAAACGUCUGGUGGGAAGCUUCAAGACGCAGUCCAUGAAUUAAGUGCUAGCCUUGGCUGGAUGGCGGGUAAUCCAAGCCAUCCAGGGCCUGGUUGUCCCCAGGCCGAUACUGCUUCCAUUCGGCAACAGUUACUCUCAGGCACAUAUGGUGCUGGCCUACCCCUCAAGGUCGGCCCUUGGUGA